AUGGCGUUCGGCCGCACGCUGUUCAAGGGCAAGAACUGCAAGGAGACGUUCCGGAACGUGCUGCACAGGGAGGUCGAGUUCCCGUGCGACACCCAGCGCCGGAUGCCGGAGCUGACCGACCUCAUCUCGUGGCUGCUGCAGCGGGAUCCCGCGAGGCGGCUCGGGUACGCCGGCGGCACUGACAAGAUCCGGGUGCACCCGUUCUUCGCCGGGAUGGCGUGGGACAUGCUCGCGGAUGUCACCCACCCGCCCUACAUCCCGCCGCCAGCGGAGGACAACGCAGCCGACGGCGAGGGCUUCGACGUGAGGGACUACUUCAAGAAGCUCCACCAGUCGCCGGCGCCGUCGCCUCCAGAGUCGGGCUCGUCGUCGUCGUCGUCAUCGUCGGACUUCUCGUCGGUGUUCUGA